AUGGCCACCGCCGUCGUCGUCUCGGCGGCGGGUCUCCCCGCCGCGCCGUCGCCGUCGCCGGUGCGUUAUACGCCCCGCCGAGCGGCGCUGCGCGACGUGCCUCAGCUCCACGCAGCUCUGCUCAAGUCCGGUGAGCUCACCACUUCGCCAGAGUCCUUCCACUCCUUCCUCGAGGCUACCGCGCUCCCGUCGCCGGCCACCACCGCAGCCCACCUCGCCUACGCGAUCCGCCUGCUCCGCCUAGGCCCCCACCCGCCCCUCUCCGCGCGGUCGUAUAACAUCCUUAUCCGUGCCUUCUUCCGCGCGGGCCACCCGGAGGAUGCCCUCCACCUGUUCGUCGAAAUGCUCGGUGCUGCCAUUGCUGCCAACGUCUGCCCCGACCAGCACACCAUCGCUAACACCGUAAAGUCCUGCGCCAGGAUAUAUGCCUUGGCUACGGGGCGCAGCGUUCAGGCGUACGCUGUCAAGCUUGGGUUCAUGGCCGAUCAGUUUGUGCUGAACAGCUUGAUACAUAUGUACGCGAGCUGUGGGGAUAUCGUGGCGGCAAAGGUACUGUUCAACGCAGUUGAGGAAAAGGGUGUGGUUACAUGGAAUGCGAUGAUAGCGGGCUAUUUCAAGAAUGGAGACUGGAAGGAGGUAGUGGAGAUGUUUAAGGGUAUGCUUGAGGUUCAGGCACCAUUUGAUGAGGUCACAUUGGUGAGUGUCGCCACAGCAUGCGGAAAAAUAGGUGAUUCUAAGCUCGGCGAGCGGAUUGGAGAUUAUGCAGAGGAGAAGGGGAUGGUGAGGAACAGAAACUUGGCAACUGCGCUGGUUGACAUGUAUGCCAAGUGUGGACAACUUGAUAAGGCGCGGAGAUUGUUUGACAGGAUGCAUUCCCGGGAUGUGGUUGCUUGGAGCGCGAUGAUCUCUGGCUACACUCAAGCCGACCGAUGUCGAGAGGCACUUGCUAUUUUCAAUAAGAUGCAGGCUACCGAGGUGAACCCGAAUGAUGUAACCAUGGUCAGUGUGCUCUCCGCCUGUGCUGUCCUGGGUGCACUUGAGACGGGCAAGUGGGCGCAUUCAUACAUAAGGAGAAAGGCCUUACCCCUUACAGUUGUUCUCGGCACUGCGCUGGUGGACUUCUAUGCAAAGUGCGGAUGCAUUGAAGAUGCAGUCAAGGCAUUUGAGUCGAUGCCUAUGAGGAAUUCUUGGACGUGGACAGCCUUGAUAAAGGGCAUGGCAAGCAACGGAAGAGGCAGAGAAGCACUAGAGCUCUUCUCGUCCAUGCGGGAGGCCAACAUUGAGCCUACAGAUGUCACAUUCAUUGGUGUUCUCCUAGCUUGCAGCCACAGCUGCUUAGUUGAGGAGGGUCACCGGCAUUUUGAUAGUAUGACCCAGGAUUAUGGCAUCCAUCCAAGGAUUGAGCACUAUGGCUGUAUGGUUGAUCUGUUGGGACGGGCAGGUUUGAUUGAUGAGGCGCACCGGUUUAUCAGGAAUAUGCCGAUUGAGCCAAAUGCAGUUGUCUGGAGGGCACUGCUUUCUGCUUGCACAGUUCACAAAAAUGUUGAAAUCGGAGAAGAAGCGCUGAAGCAGAUCACCCCACUAGAUCCCAAUCACAGUGGUAACUACAUACUUCUAUCGAACACCUACGCGUCAGUGGGACAAUGGAAAGAUGCAGCUAUGAUUCGGAAGGAAAUGAAUGAGAGAGGGAUCAAGAAAAUUCCUGGGUGCAGUCUCAUUGAGCUGGAUGGGACGAUCUUUGAGUUCUUUGCUGAAGACAGUGACCACCCCCAAUCGAGGGAGAUAUAUGAGAAAGUGGAUGAGAUGAUUGAAAACAUCAAGAUGGCUGGGUACGUCCCAAAUACAGCUGACGCAAGGCUAGAUGUUGAUGAAUCUGAGAAGCAAGUGUCCGUUUCGCAUCACAGCGAGAAGCUGGCCAUUGCGUUUGGCCUGAUGAAGUCACGCCCUGGCGCAACGAUCCGGCUGUCGAAGAAUCUGAGAGUGUGCGUGGACUGCCACGCCGCCACGAAGUUGAUCUCGAAGGUGUACAACAGGGAGAUUGUUGUCCGAGACAGGAACAGGUUUCAUCAUUUCAAAGAUGGUUUGUGCUCCUGCAAUGAUUACUGGUGAGUAUAAAUUCAAUGUGCGUCAAGGUUUUUCUCUUACAUAAGUAUGUACACCGGGCACACCUGAGCCAGAGAGACUGUACAGCACUCUGUAAGUACGACAAUGCCGUUCACUCUCAAACAGGAGCUCAAGUUAUUAGGUAUUAAGAUCAAGAGCAAAUUCUCGGCAGAGUUUCAGGCUUGGUUAGCUCAGACAUUCGAAUAACCUGAUGAUUCAGUUCCCAAAAACCGGAGUUGGUUAAUCUGUUUCCCCUUUUUCUUUUCGAGAAAACGCAAUUGCAUUGAGAAGGUAGAGUUUGGAUACAGUCCUCCUAGGAGGUCAGGUACAAAUGAAGAACAGUGAAACUAAUACACGUCCCAGGUGGACGGCAGGGUGACGUGAAGGCCAAGGGCACCAGCUCGUGCCCACUGCUCGGCUUCAUCCUUGAUCUUUGAGACCAGGACAUGAACCAGGGGCUGGACGCCAUCGAAGAUGCACUCGUUGCGCUGCUUCCAGAUCAUCCAUGGUGUCAAGAGGGCAGUGGAGGCUAGGCCCUUACGCACCCGUUUCCCUUUUUUGGAUAGGAUCUUUGUAGUUUUCUUCUUUUUCUCCUUACCUCAUGUAACAUGCUACUAUUAAUGAAAAUUUACCGUAGAACUAUUGUCCCACGGUGUGCGAGAACUGUGAGUGUGUAUAGACUGCACAUUGUUGUACAUUGCAUGAAUACCAAACGAGGAAUAAACCUGUUGCAUUUUACUUAACUUGUAAAGAAA